CCGGACACGGACGGGGAGGGCGCUCGAAUGUGAAGAUUCUCCGCGGCUCCGGGGACCCAGAGAGGCGGCGACACGGCCGAUGACAACAUUAGGCCGCGACGCGCUCCGGGCCGGGCGGUAGUGGUGGUCGUGGCAGCCCCAGCGGCUGCAGCGUGAGCUUUCGCCGCGGCGGCGAGUGCCACCGGUUCCCCACAGCCCGAGGCAGGUGGGGGCCCGCCCCGGCCGGUGGACCGCGCGGGCCGGAGUUCCCGCCCCCCCGGAGCGGCGAGCCGGCAGCGCCUCCGCGGCGGGGAGACAGCCCUCCGUCUGGGCUGUCUUCCCAGCUUCCGCCGGCGACGGGGGCCGAGAGAAGUUGAGGUCGGACCGGACGCGUGCAGGGCCCCAGAAGAACCGGCCCUCUGGGCCCCGCCAAUCCGGCGGCUCCGCACCGAAUUUCCAGAUUCACGGGAUGAAUAAACCUUAGUGGAAAGAGAAGCAUAAACCCAUCUUCUUUCACUAUGGAGGCAGGUUUGGCAGAUGGAGAACCUGACCGAAUUUCGAUCUUGCCAUAUUCAGAAGUUGCUGAAGGUGAAAAGACACUUCUUGGUGAUAGCAAAGAUGUCCUUGGCCCACCAACUGUUAUAGCAAACAGUGAAGAAUCUCAACUUCUGACACCAGGAAAGAUGAGUCAGCGCCAAGGGAAAGAAGCUUAUCCAACUCCAACCAAAGACUCGUGUCAGCCAUCUUUUAGUCCUGCAAGCCUUCAUAGUCAGGGUUUUGAAAGAGGAAGGGAAGACAUUUCUCAAAAUAGAGAUGACUCUUCACUUUCUAUGUCAAAGAGCAAGUCUGAAUCUAAACUUUAUAAUGGCUCGGAGAAAGACAGUACAGCUUCAAGCAAGCUCACAAAAAAAGAAUCUCUCAAGGUGCAAAAGAAAAAUUACCGAGAAGAAAAGAAAAGAGCCACAAAGGAGUUACUCAGUUCAAUCACAGAUCCUUCUGUUAUUGUCAUGGCUGAUUGGUUGAAGAUACGUGGUACUCUGAAGAGCUGGACCAAGUUGUGGUGUGUGUUGAAACCUGGGGUGCUACUGAUCUAUAAAACCCAAAAAAAUGGUCAAUGGGUAGGAACAGUCCUUCUGAAUGCUUGUGAAAUCAUUGAGCGCCCAUCAAAAAAGGAUGGCUUUUGUUUCAAACUUUUUCAUCCUUUGGAGCAAUCUAUUUGGGCAGUGAAGGGUCCAAAAGGUGAAGCAGUUGGAUCCAUAACUCAGCCUUUACCUAGCAGUUACUUGAUCAUCCGAGCUACUUCAGAGUCAGAUGGAAGGUGCUGGAUGGAUGCUUUGGAGUUGGCUUUGAAAUGUUCUAGUCUUCUUAAACGUACAAUGAUCAGGGAAGGGAAGGAACAUGACCUGAGCAUUUCAUCAGAGAGCACACAUGUGACUUUGUAUGGCUUAUUACGUGCUAACAAUCUUCACAGUGGUGACAACUUCCAGUUAAAUGAUAGUGAAAUUGAACGACAGCAUUUUAAGGACCAAGAUAUGUAUUCUGAUAAAUCCGAUAAAGAAAAUGAUCAAGAGCAUGAUGAGUCUGACAAUGAGGUGAUGGGGAAAAGUGAAGACAGUGACACAGAUACAUCAGAGAGGCAAGAUGACUCAUACAUCGAACCUGAGCCUAUCGAGCCUCUAAAGGAGACCACCUACACUGAACAGAGCCAUGAGGAACUCGGAGAGGCAGGUGAGGCUUCACAAACAGAAACUGUGUCUGAAGAAAACAAAAGCCUUAUCUGGACAUUGCUGAAACAAGUCCGUCCUGGUAUGGACCUGUCCAGGGUGGUUCUGCCUACAUUUAUUUUGGAACCUCGUUCUUUCCUGGAUAAACUUUCAGAUUAUUACUAUCAUGCAGAUUUUCUGUCUGAGGCUGCUCUUGAAGAAAAUCCUUAUUUCCGUUUGAAGAAAGUAGUGAAAUGGUAUUUGUCAGGAUUCUAUAAAAAGCCAAAGGGACUGAAGAAACCUUAUAAUCCUAUACUUGGUGAGACUUUCCGUUGUCUGUGGAUUCACCCCAGAACAAACAGCAAAACUUUUUAUAUUGCUGAACAGGUGUCCCAUCACCCACCAAUAUCUGCCUUUUAUGUUAGUAACCGAAAGGACGGAUUUUGCAUUAGUGGUAGUAUCCUGGCUAAGUCCAAGUUCUAUGGAAACUCAUUAUCUGCAAUAUUAGAUGGAGAAGCACGAUUAACUUUUUUGAAUAGAGGUGAAGAUUAUGUAAUGACAAUGCCAUAUGCUCAUUGUAAAGGAAUUCUUUAUGGCACAAUGACACUUGAGCUUGGUGGAACGGUCAAUAUUACAUGUCAGAAAACUGGAUACAGUGCAAUACUUGAAUUUAAACUAAAGCCAUUUUUAGGUAAUAGUGACUGUGUUAACCAAAUAUCAGGGAAACUUAAACUGGGAAAAGAAGUCUUAGCUACUUUGGAAGGCCAUUGGGAUAGUGAAGUUUUUAUUAAUGACAAAAAGACUGAUAAUUCAGAGGUUUUCUGGAAUCCAACACCAGACAUUAAGCAAUGGAGAUUAAUAAGGCACACUGUAAAAUUUGAAGAGCAGGGAGACUUUGAAUCAGAGAAACUUUGGCAGCAAGUAACUCGAGCCAUAAAUGCAAAAGACCAAACAGAAGCUACUCAAGAGAAGUAUGUUUUAGAGGAAGCUCAAAGACAAUCUGCCAGAGAUCGGAAAACAAAAAAUGAAGAGUGGACUUGCAAGUUAUUUGAACUUGAGCCACUCACAGGAGAAUGGCAUUACAAGUUUGCAGAUACUCGACCAUGGGACCCACUUAAUGAUAUGGUACAGUUCGAAAAAGAUGGUGUUAUCCAGACCAAAGUGAAACAUCGCACUCCAAUGGUUAGUGUCCCGAAAAUGAAACAUAAGCCAACCAGACAACAGAAGAAAGUGGCAAAAGGCUAUUCAUCUCCAGAACCUGAUAUCCAGGACUCAUCUGGAAGUGAAGCUCAACCAGUAAAACCAAGUACAAGAAGAAAGAAAGGAAUAGACUUGGGAGACAUUCAGAAUUCCAUUGAAUCCAUAAAACAAGCACAGGAAGAAAUUAAAAGAAAUAUUACGGCUCUUCGAAAUCAUUUAGUUUCAAGCGCACCUACCACGGAUUAUUUUUUGCAACAAAAAGACUACUUCAUCAUUUUCCUCCUGAUUUUGCUUCAAGUUGUAAUAAACUUCAUGUUUAAAUAGUUCUGUACAGUAAACUAUUCAAUGAACUGGAAUGAUCAGAUUCGGCCUGGGAUCAAUGUUCAAGUUGGUUUAGUUUUAUUAAAACAUCACUAUAUUUCUGAAACAAAACCUUAGAGAUAAAUGCAGAGGUGUUGAUCUUUCAUACCGUUUAUCUUUAACCUGAAACAAGAGCUAUUCUGUUUGGUUAUUAAAGUGAGCUAUGUGUUACGUGCCAGAACAUUUCUAGUUUUUGUGAGAAUGUGUCUACAUGUGAGUAUAAUAAAUCCACAUGUAUACACAA